UUUACACACAAGAGAGAACGAGCUCAACCACCCCACUCCGCUACAAACCAGACUCUCAGCCUUUUCUCAUUCAGUUAACAUGUGACGCUGACCGGUGAUGCGCGAGGUUCAUUUCACGCACUGGCGCUGAUUUAUCAGUCCGUUCAGCGCUGACGGCGAGGUCUGUAUGACGUGAAAGAGCAGGAUAUUCCUCCAGGACAGUUUCGAGAUUACUUCUGCACCUGAAUGACAUCAGAAAGUGAGGACUCGUGAAAACUCGGUGCGUCGAUGAGAAAGAAGAAUGCAACUUCUUACCUGCGCAGAAGAGGCUGCUGGCGUAUGAUUGGGACUGUGCUGUGGCCACCACGGCUUUCUGUGCUCAAGUCAGGACUAUGUGCUGCCCAUGUGCCACUCUAAAUGCACUGGCCAGCAGUUUGCGAGAGCAGGGAGGAUGGGGCGGCCCACCGAGGGCGAAGCGGAAGCCGGGCAAUGCCCCCUACAUUCCGGAUCGCGGUGCUGGGGGCUCAGGGGGUGGGCAAGACGGCCAUUGUUCAGCGCUUUCUGCGUGACGACUACAGUGAGGUGGCAGUGUCCAGUAAGGCACGGAGGGUGCAUAUUUCUGCCGCAGUACUUAAUGGACAUGUGCAUGACCUUCAGAUCACAGAUUAUCCAGCCGUCAGCAGCUUUCCUGGCAGCACUCUGCAGGAAUGGUCAGAUGUUUGCUGUCGAGGCAUUCGAAGCGCUCAUGUCUACAUCCUGGUCUAUGACAUCUGCUGUUUCGACAGCUUUGAGUAUGUCAAGACCAUGCGGCAGCAGAUCUUAGAGGCCAGGGUCAUGGGCUCUGGGGAGACGCCCAUUCUGAUUGUCGGCAAUAAGCGUGAUCUUCAGCGAGGUCGCGUCAUUCCUCGCCACAGUGUAUCUGACUUAGUCCGAAAAAGCUGGAAGUGUGGAUAUGUUGAGUGCUCUGCCAAGUUUAACUGGCAUGUUUUACUGUUGUUUGGAGAGGCUCUCCACAGUGUGGGUUGUGCCCGCUGCAAGCAUGUCCAUGCUACCAUCCGUUUCCAACGGGCGCUCAGGAGAGAGCGUUGUGCCCUAAUGUGAGCUUCCAGUCUACUUUUGUAAUGCCCAAUUGAAAACUGAUGUUUUGGGCUAUGGAUGCUCCAUGAUUUCUUGGUCUGCUUGGAGAGCUGUGAAAACCCUCUUGCCAUGGAACCUGUGAUUCUAAUAAUGGAAAGACUUUAAGCAGGGAGUCCCUGUUGCUUCAUUACCUAAGCCUUCAAACUGAUUUCUCCCCCUUUGGCCCAGAAGAAAAAUACCAACAUCUCUGUUGGUAUUCAUCUUUUUCCAUAGAAACGACCAAAAAACUACCACAAAAAGUUGGUAGAAAUCAACAAAAACAGCUUUACAAUAGUACAGUUGUGUCAUUGCAUACAUUCAGGCCAGGACAGUACAUCUAAAUGCUUAUGCUGAGCCUACGCUAAUGGAUCUUCCAGCACCUGUAAGGACAAGUGUCUCCCAGCUCUGGUGUCCAAAGAGGCAUGUAUUUCUGCAAUACUCUACAAAGACUGUAUGUUCUAUGCAUACUUAAAUGUUGUUAAGGCAUUUCUAUUUGUCUUGGUUUGAUAAUGUGUCUUAUUACAUGGCUCUCUGGAAUAGUCGAGUCUGAUUGGUCAAUGGUGCCAUCUGCUGGUCUGAAAUGUCUGAGUAACAACCGCACAUUCGGGGAUUAAAACAUAGCAGAUGAUCAUCCAGGUAUUGCAAGUCAUCUUUGCUACAUCUCGUAGCACUCUGCGAUCUCUACAAGUAAGAUAAUAGAAUUAUUUAAACUCAUGUCAAUGUUUCAUGUCCAAUUAUUAUUUAUUUGGCAAGCAUUCUUGUAAUAAGCUGGAUAAUGAGCAGUCAGAGGUUCAUUUUCACAAAUAAAUACCAACAGAACUCCGACGCAAACCGGAGAUGGAAUUCGGCUGUUCAGCGAUUUCUUCUCACAUAAUUACAUAAUUUCAAUGCAAAUCAGUAUUUUAUGUACAUUUAUUUAUUUAUUUGGUUUGUAGCUGUGUAACAAGUGGGAUAAUGUACAGUCAACCAGUUGUUAUUACAAAAUAAACCCUGUUAGUGUGUGUAUAUUUAUUUUACAGUAACAACUGGCUGACUGUACAUUAUCUCUUUCUUAUCCCACAAAUGUACUUUCAUUUAUGCCAAUUUAUGCCAAGGUAUAAACAUUUGCCCAACUUUGAAACACUGUAGACACAAAUGAAGUAAUUUAACCCAGUGAUGGGGGAAGAGUAAAAUAUCCUUUGAAUGUUAAUGUGCUAUGAAUGAUUGAUCUGGCAUAGUGGAACCUUUUUAAGUUUCACUUUAUUUUUCAUGCAAAGGUUUGGACGAUGUUUGUGUGAGGUGAGUUAAAAAGUAAAAAUAUCGCCUUCUUUAGAGGUGCUCUAAGCGAUGGAAGCCAGACUUAGGCCACGUCCACACUACUAAGUUUUCAUCUAAAAACACAUUUAUUUUGCAAAGUUUAUGCCUCUCAUCAACACUGGAGCAGCGUUUUCUUCCACCAAAAAAAGAAGACUUUCGAAAAUACUCUCCAUAAUCGCAUACUUUGGAAAACAAUGACAUUAGGAAGUUUAACGGAUUAGUGUUGAAGGGAUCUUAGCCACUGAAUUAGACAUGCCCCCUCUUUCUAAGGCCAAUCCACACUAAUACGUUUUCAUAAGAAGACUCCAUUUUCAGCUUCCUAACAUCAUCUUUUUAUCAAAGUAUGCGAUAAUGGAGAGCAUUGUCGAAACCAUCAGUUUUUGGUGGAGGAAAACACUGUUCUAAUGAGGAUGAGAGGCGUAAAUGCGGCGAAAUCAAUGCGUUUUCAAACGAAAAUGGAUUAAUGGGGAUGUGGCCCAAAACCUCGAGAAGAAUAUAGCUGCAGGCCAAGCUCCAAAAAGAGGCGGGAGCUCCAAAAAGAGGCGAGAGCUCCAAACACCAGCAAAGAUAUACAGAGCCCCUAACUUAACACUUUCCCUAAGGUGGAAAUGAUGCCCCCUUUUGGAGUAGGCCCAACCCCCUUCUGGAGUAACCACACCCCUUAUGGAGUAACCCCACCCCUUCUGGAGUUACACCGCCCUUUUUAGAGUUUCCAUCUUGUGACCAACACACAAAAUGACUGACAGGCAGAAUGUCCCUCAAAGUCCUCUGAUUUGCUAAACAAAACACCUGAUUUUGGCCCACGGUCACAUUUUUGUUUGGUAUUUACAGACACUUGCGCUGUCACAGAAUCAGGAUACCUUCUUCACUGAUAUCUGUCAAGUAAAAGGGAUGUUUUCUGUGUGCCAUUCCAUUUAAAAACAAAUCACUAACAGCACCUUUAAUGAUUUUACCCAACACAUCUUUGUAACAAAUACACACCACAUUUUGAUCAAAUACAUGUUAAAUACAAAUGUCUACAUCUAAAGAGCACAGUAGUAAUAAAUGGCUGGACUCUCAAAAUGCAUUCAUUCUCUUCUGUGUGAUUUAUGGAGAGAGUCCAACAUCAAUACCUACAUCAGUGUCUCUUCUUCAGAGGCAGGGUAAUGUAACUGUCCUACUAUCUAAAAUGCACUCAUUCAGUAGUAAAAAGGUGAUUCACAUCAAAAGAACAUAAUAGUGUGGAAUAUUGAAGUAAAGACUGUACUGGUUUGCACUCAAGCUUACUAAUCCAAGUAAAUAAAUAUUUAUUGAAUAUA